AUGCUGCGGAGAUGGAGAUGGGCGCUGGCGCUGGGUGUGAGCAUCACCCUCAGCUUCGGCCUCUCCGUGCUGUGGAGGCUUCAGAGCCCCGAGGCCCCGGUGAUGGGGGCGGAGCAGUGCCGGGCGCCGGAGCAGAACUGGAGCACGGGGAGCCUCCCCGCCAGGCGGGAGCAGGGCUGGAUCCUGAGGCAGCUGAAGCUGGUGCAGAGCUGCCCCUGGGUGCAUAACGCCAGCGCCCUGGGGCGGUACAGGGAGCAGCUGGGGCGCUGCUGUAACGCCUCAGCCGACCUGGUGCUGACCCACAACAACACGCGGCUGGGCUCCCAGAUCCUCUACGACGCGCAGCAGGGCAAGAAGUACCCGGUGAAGGAGGAGCUGCUGGAGGUGCUGCCGCAGGGCUCCCCGUUUCAGGACGCCCCCUACGAGUGCUGCGCCGUGGUGGGGAACGGGGGGAUCCUUCGUAACAGCAGCUGCGGCCCCGAGAUCGACCGCGCCCAGUUCGUCGUCAGGUUAAACCUGCCCCCCCCGGGCUUCGCCGCCGACGUGGGCACCCGGUCGAGUGUGGUCACCAUGAACCAGAGCGUCCUGCGCGCCCGGUUCGGGAGUCUGAGACGCUGGCGUCGUCCCUUCGCGGAGGCGGUGGGUGCCCACGGGGCCGCGCUGCUCCUCAUCCCGGCCUUCACCUUCGCCAGCAACACCGCGAUCUCGUUCCAGGCCCUCUACACCCUGGAGGACUUCGGCUCCCCGGCCCGCGCCCUCUUCAUGAACCCCGAGUACCUGGCACGGCUGGACGGGCACUGGCGUCGCCGCGGCCUGCGCGCCAAGCGCCUCUCCUCCGGCUUCAUGCUGGUGAGCGCCGCCCUGGAGAUGUGCCGGCACCUCACCCUCUACGGCUUCUGGCCCUUCCCCAGCGACCCCCAGGGGCGGCCCCUGCCCCACCACUACUACGACGACCAGCCCCCCAUCCCGGGCCUUCACGCCAUGCCCGAGGAGUUCACCCGGUACCUGGGCAUGCACCGGCAGGGCGCGCUGCGGCUGCAUCUGGGGCGCUGCCGGUGAGGGCGCGGCUGGCGGCCGCGCAGAACGAGAUGCAGUGGCGGCGCGGCUGGAUGUGGAGGAGCCGGCUACGGCAGGGCCCAGCUGAUCCCGGCAUGGGGCUGUAACGAGGCUGGUUCUGGCGGGACCCUGCUGAGAGCGCCAAAAUCGGGACAAAUCGCUUGAAGCGGGUCGGUUACAGCCCCAGGCUGGGGGUUUUCCACCUCUAAGGCACCAAACCAGCCGGACACAGAGGACUCUGGUCUCACCCCACUGGCUAACCACAAGUCACACCAGCAAUUCCCUCAGACACUCCAGUCUCCCAGUAUCCCCACCAGCGCCUCUCAUCAUGGGGACGAAUGGUUACGAAAACCAACACCCCAAUGAAAGCAAACGGUUCUCUCGAUGCCAAAGCAGCAAGCCCCAGACCCAGGUCAAAUGAGAACUUAGAUCUUACGCAAAAUAUCCACUUCGAGUCCGUUCUUAUUACCUAAAGUACAAAUUAUUCACAAAGAGAAGGCAGAGUCGGUUGAAAGAUCCAUAGACAGACCGACGUGAAUUCAGUUCUUGGGGUCCCGCUACACGGCACAGAUGAGUUUGUAGUUGCCAAAAGUCCUUUUGGAAACAGU